UCUUCUUCUUCUUGCCCACUUAUUUCUCAUUCAAUAUCAUCCUUUCUCUUUGGAUAUACAUGGCCACCAACUCAACCACAAGCAAACAUGAAUCCAAUGACCAUGUAAACCUCCAAGCACCACCACCAACUCCAUCAAACCACCAUGACCACCAUGACUCCUUCUCUACAUCCACCCAACUCUCCUUCAUCCUCAACCAAAUCCUCAUCCCUCCUCUCAAACCAAUCCUCUCCUCUCCAUCUCCCACCAUCUCAUUCCUCCUUCCUAACCAUAAAACCAAACUAUCCCUUUUAUCCACUGUAACUCGCCAUCCCUUCUUCCAUCUCAAGGAUCUCCACAUCCACAUCCCUUCUCAUUUACCACCUUCUUCUCUUCUUGAAUCUAAAUCCCUUCUCCCUUCCAAAAACUUCUCCUCUCUCUGCUUUAACAAAGACAAAGACGAAGACGAGGACGAUGAAAAUGAUGAAGCUAAAUCACUACUAGUCCUUGAACCCACAUCUAUUGAUCCAAACACUCUCCCAUCACUGCAUGAGUUCACUCAGUGUUUGCAGAGGGUGGCAAUGGAGGUUUUGGAGAUGUUGUUUGAUGGAAUGUUAGAUCAUGAGGGAGCUCCAACUCCGAGGUUUUUGAUAUGGAUAUCCAAACCCAAGGAGAAGAAGGAUGAGUUGGAGAUGGAGAUGGUCCAAAUGGAGAUGGAGAGGAGGAGAAAUGUUAAGUGUUAUCCAUACGUGAUGUGCAUGCAGUAUGAGAUGAGAGGAAGAGGAAGGACGAGUUGGGUUGUUGGAGACUCGGGCGAGUUGGUUUCCAUUCCUUCCCGAGCCGACUCGUUACUCGUCACCCUUGGUGACAUAGCUCAGGUAUGGAGCAAUGGGAGAUUCAAGAAGGUGAGAGGCAUACCAUUUCAAUCAAGUUCUUCAAAUCAUGAUUAUAAUGGAGAUCAAAGCUUCAUCUCCCUUACAUUCAUGGUGACACUUCCAUUAGAGAGCACCAUCUCUCCUUUGUUACCAUUAAAAAUUAAGGAUGACAACAACAAUGGUGGUGAAGAGGAAGAUGAUGAUGAUGGAUGGAAGAGGUUCACUCCAUUUCUCAUGGUGGAUUAUGCUUGGAAAGUUUAUCAUGAGAGGUUUACCGAAAAGGAUCCACUAAUUCGAUAUCGGGUCCCAGAAGUGUAAGAUGUGUUUGGUUGGAGGUAUUUAAAACUCGGAGAUUUUGAGAUUCUAAGUUUAACGAACAAUGUAUUAAUGGAUUUCCAAAUUCCAUUUUUUGUUUCUCAUCA